UCCCAGGCGCCGGAAGUGAGUAGAACCGGGCCGGAAGUGGCAGACAGAGGCGGCCUCGUGGAAGAGGCAGCAGCAUGGGACAGUCCGGGCGGUCCCGGCACCAGAAGCGCGCGCGCGCCCAGGCGCAGCUCCGCAACCUCGAGGCCUAUGCCGCGCAGCCGCACUCGUUCGUGUUCACGCGGGGCUGCCCGGGUCACAGCAUCCGGCAGCUCAGCCUGGACUUGCGGCGGGUCAUGGAGCCGCUCACUGCCACGCGCCUGCAGAUUCAUAAGAAGAACUCACUGAAGGACUGUAUAGCGGUGGCUGGACCUCUUGGGGUCACACACUUCUUGAUCUUGAGCAAAACAGAGACCAACGUCUACUUUAAGCUGAUGCGGCUCCCAGGAGGCCCCACCUUGACCUUCCAGGUUAACAAGUACACGCUAGUGCGAGAUGUGGUUUCCUCCCUGCGCCGGCACCGCAUGCACGAACAGCAGUUUGUCCACCCCCCGCUCCUGGUCCUCAACAGCUUCGGCCCCCAUGGCAUGCACGUGAAGCUCAUGGCCACCAUGUUCCAGAACCUGUUCCCCUCUAUCAACGUGCAUAAGGUAAACCUGAACACUAUCAAGCGCUGCCUUCUCAUCAACUACAACCCUAAGUCCCAGGAGCUGGACUUCCGCCAUUAUAGCAUCAAAGUCGUUCCUGUGGGCGCCAGUCGUGGCAUGAAGAAGCUCCUCCAGGAGAAGUUCCCCAACAUGAGUCGCCUACAGGACAUCAGCGAGCUGCUGGCCACGGGCGCAGGGCUGUCAGAGAGCGAGGCGGAGCCCGACGGUGAGCACAACAUCACCGAGCUACCCCAGGCGGUCGCGGGACGUGGCAACAUGCAGGCCCAGCAGAGCGCCGUGCGGCUCACGGAGAUUGGUCCUCGGAUGACGCUGCAGCUCAUCAAGAUUCAGGACGGCAUCGGGGAGGGCAAAGUCAUGUUCCACAGCUUCGUGCACAAGACGGAGGAGGAGCUCCAGGCCAUCCUGGCAGCCAAGGAGCAUAAGCUGCAGCUCAAGGCCCAGCGACAAGCCCAGCAGGCCGAGAACGUGCGGCGCAAACAGGAGCAGCGCGAGGCCCACAGGAAGAAGAGCCUGGAGGGCAUGAGGAAGAAACGGGCCAAGGCCGAGGGAGACAGUGAUGCCGAGGACCCUGGGCUCCCCCUGGAGGACAGCCAGUGGGAGGAGGAGGAGGAUGAAGCCGAGUAUUUCCGCCAGGCCGUAGGCGAGGAGCCCGAUGAGGACAUGUUCCCCACGGUGCCCAAGCGGAGACGGCCCACCUGGCCUUCGGUCAGGCUGCAUCGGGGAAGGGACCGAGGCAAGGGCCGCCACAGUGACCGGAGACUUACACACCCCAAGGACAGGUUUCAGGGAGCCCAGACCAAGCUGGGGUCCAGAGGGGCUGCCCGGGGUCGCCGGCGAGGCCAGCCACGGCCACCUAAGAGAGGGUCCACCCAGAGCGCCCCGGGCCGCGGCACCCAGCAGUCUGCCCUGGUUUCUGCCCUGAGGCGGGGUGGUCUCACUGCGGCACAGCAGGCAGGGCUGGCGCCAUUUGGCAGUCCUGGGCCUGUCCCCAGCAAGGGCCCUGUUAACCUGUGUGACUGGGAGGCUGAGGUGUCUGAGGAAGAAGGAAGCGGCGAGGUUGCAGCUGCGGCCAGCCAGGGAGGGGCCAGCCACGCUGAGUGCUACCUGGGGAGGGGCCUGGGCACUGCGUGGGUGGCAGCCCCAGAGGCUGGGCGUGUGCGAAGCAUGGCGGCCACCAUCUUGGGACCUCGGGAUGGCCCGGAGACCAUGGAGAAGUGGGAAGGGAACCUUCAGGAGGUCUGGCCCCAGAUUCCAUAUAAAGGAGCUGAGCUCGGUCCCCCUUCCAGGGAGAGGAAAGGACUCAAGUUGAGGGACAGGUCUGCCCCAUCAGACAAGGGCUCUGGGGCAGCAGGAGCCUCCUUCCCAGAGGACAGGCCUCAGUGGCGACACCCUGCGUCCACAGGUGCCAAGCCGUGCCCAGCCAACUUCUCGGCGGCUGCCGACCGCAUCCUCAGUAGGUUCCAGGAGGACUUCCUGUGGCCCGUGCUGGUGGCCGAGUUCCUGGUGGCUGUGGUUGCCAACGGCCUGGCCCUGUACCGAUUCAGCGCGCGGGAGCAGCGCCCGUGGCACCCGGCCGUGGUCUUCUCGGCCCAGCUGGCCGUCAGCGACCUGCUCUGUGCCCUGACGCUGCCCCCGCUGGCCGCCUACCUGUACCCGCCCAAGCACUGGCGCUACGGGGAGGCCGCGUGCCGCCUGGAGCGCUUCCUCUUCACCUGCAACCUGCUGGGCAGCGUCAUCUUCAUCACCUGCAUCAGCCUCAACCGCUACCUGGGCAUCGUGCACCCGUUCUUCACCCGCAGCCACCUGCGGCCCAAGCACGCCUGGGCCCUCAGCGCCGCGGGCUGGGUCCUGGCGGCCCUGCUGGCCGCGCCCACCCUGAGCUUCUCCCACCUGAAGAGGCCGCAGCAGGAGGCGGCCAGGUGCAGCGUGGCCAGUCCCGAGGCCUGCACCAAGUGCCUGGGGACGGCGGGCGAUCUCCAGCUUGAGGCCUACCGGGCCUACAGCCUGGCGCUGGCGGGGCUGGGCUGCGGCCUGCCGCUGCUGCUCAGCCUGGCGGCCUACGGUGCCCUCGGGUGCGCCGUGCUGCACAGCCCCAGCAUGACCACGGCGGAGAAGCUGCGCGUGGUAGCGCUGGUGGCCAGCGGCGUGCUCCUCUACGCCAGCUCCUACGUGCCCUACCACGUCACGCAGGUGCUCAACACGGACGCCCGGCGGCGCUGGCGUGCCCGCUGCCCGGGCUUUGCGGACGUGGCGCAGGCCAAGGCGGCCCUGGAGCUGGGGCCCUACCUGGGCUACCAGGCGAUGCGCGGCGUCAUGCCCUUGGCCUUCUGCAUCCACCCGCUGCUCUACAUGGCCGUGGCGCCCAGCCUGGGCUGCUGCCGCCAAUGCUGUCGUGGCUGCGGCAGGGGCCGGAACCCAGAAGACGCCAAGAGCACCGGCCAAGCCCUGCCCCUUGAUGUCAUAGCCACCUCCAAGAACAGCUCAGAGCCCCAGUCCCCCGAGCUGAGCUCAUGAUGUGGCCUAUUUUGAGCGUCCUCCUCACUGCAAGGUGUUGGGACCAUGAAGUGCCACAGAAUGAGGGUCGCAGCAGGUCCCCGGCCCCGAGGUGCCAACAGGCCCCACGUGCCACUUCCUCCCCCACGGCAACCUGGGGUCGCCGCCAGGGCAGACCCAGCUCGAGCCCAGGCCACAGCUGUCACCUUUCCCACCC